UGCUGCUGCUCUCCCUCCCCUUUAAAUGGUGUGGGCAGAGUGGGAUGGAAGACUGCAUUGGAAACCUUUUCAUGGACAUGGUCUUUGCUGUUGGUAUUGCUGUAGCACCAUUCUGGUGACAACAACAUGCCGUUAAAAUGGAAAAGCGGUUCUCCUGUCAGCUGGAAAUUCCCAAUGCCAGUUCUUAAGACAUCCAGGUCCUCACCCCUCUCACCUGCGUACAUAUCCCUUGUGGAGGACGACGACGCUCACAUGAAAGUUGCUCUGGGCUACGGUGAUAUGGGCAUUUCUGCUCACCUUCAGGCAUCCAAGACUGGAAACACUCGCUUUUUCACAAGCAACACGCACAGUUCAGUUGUUCUUCAGGGAUUUGACCAGCUAAGGAUAGAAGGUUUACUAUGUGAUGUCACCCUUGUGGCCGGGGACGGAGAUGAAGCUUUCCCUGUGCACCGGGCCAUGAUGGCUUCGUCCUCUGAUUAUUUCAAAGCCAUGUUCACAGGUGGAAUGAAAGAACAAGACUUAAUGUGCAUCAAGCUACACGGAGUAAACAGAAUAGGCCUGAAGAAGAUCAUUGACUUCAUCUACACGGCAAAGUUGUCGCUCAACAUGGAGAACCUGCAAGACACACUGGAGGCUGCCAGCUUUUUACAAAUUCUCCCUGUGCUGGAUUUCUGCAAGGUCUUUCUCAUAUCUGGGGUUUCUCUGGAUAACUGUGUGGAAUUUCAGCUAAUACGUUCUCUUCUUUCUUUCUUUUCCAAUCUCUCUUUUCACCCUCAAGCCACUGUGGAGUGCUACAACCCAAGGACAAAUGAAUGGACGUAUGUUGCCAAAAUGAAUGAACCACAUUAUGGUCACGCUGGGACAGUGUACGGUGGUUAUAUGUAUAUUUCAGGUGGAAUCACUCACGACACUUUUCAGAAGGAGUUAAUGUGUUUUGACCCCGACGCAGACAAGUGGACUCACAAAGCCCCCAUGACCACGGUCCGGGGCCUGCACUGUAUGUGCACGGUGGGGGACCGCCUCUACGUGAUCGGGGGUAACCACUUCCGAGGCACCAGCGACUACGACGACGUUCUGAGCUGCGAGUACUACUCCCCCGCCCUAGACUUAUGGACACCUAUUGCUGCCAUGUUGCGGGGUCAGAGCGACGUGGGCGUGGCCGUGUUUGAGAAUAAGAUUUACGUGGUGGGGGGUUACUCCUGGAACAAUCGCUGCAUGGUGGAAAUAGUACAGAAAUAUGACCCUGAAAAGGACGAAUGGCACAAAGUGUUUGACUUACCCGAGUCGUUGGGCGGGAUCCGGGCCUGCACACUCACAGUUUUCCCCCCCGAGGAUAUUUCGGGCUCACCCUCCAGAGAGUCGCCCCUGUCGGCGCCUUGACGAGUGAAGGGGGUUCACUCGUACACCUGUAACUUCUCGCCCACAGAACCCCCUCAACAAACACACCUUAUAGACAUUGUUUGCACUUCCUUUUUCGGACUGUAUCAGUACUGCACCCCCUCCCUCACUGCCUCCCUCCGCCCCUCCCCCCCAACUGUCCUUUAAGCUGUGCGGAAACUCCCUCCCCCAGUGGUUAAAACCUACAUACCGAUAUGGUUUGGCAACCUAAUUACAUGUUAAUGUUGCGUACUCCGUAUCCUUCUGGCAGGAAUUACCUUGACUUGAAAAGUGACUUUGCAAAAUCAACUUUUCUACCUGACGUCCACAGAGUCUUUUCUUAUGUCUCCUUUUCUUUAGGUGUGCUACCUUCACGUGCUGACUACCACACUGACUGACUCUACUAGUCUAUGCCAGGUUAGCUGCAGGUGACCACACAGAGCAGAAGCAUAGGAAAAGGAUGAGGUCAAACACAGCUGGUUUUUAACUCAGGGGUUGGCCAAGGCCCCAUUGACAUCUCUCUCUCUCUCUCUCUCUCCCUCUCUCUUUCUUUAUCUCUCUCUCCCCUACUCACCCCUUUACUCCCCUUAUCUCUCUCUGUUCCUCCCCAUUCUCUCUCUAUCUCUCUCUCUCUCUCCCCCUCUCUCUCUUUCUAUCUCUCUUACAGUUUCACUUGUUCCUGCUCUUGCUAUGAAACUGUUAACAAAAUGGUGUUUUCUAAAUUUAAUAAACAUGGUUUUGAAAGUAAA